CGUUUGGGAUGCGACUCUGUGAACCUCAGGAGACGCGUCGCCAUCGCCGUGCGGCCGUUUAUUGAGUUGGACACGAGUGGCGAGAAGGACCCCCGCGAAGCGAAGCUUGGCACCGCAGACAUGGCAAGCCCAGUGAAAGAUAACUGCAGAAUGAGAAGCUACAAGAACAAAGCAUUAAACACUCAGGAAAUGCGAAGGCGACGAGAGGAAGAGGGGAUCCAGCUACGAAAACAGAAAAGGGAAGAACAGCUGUUUAAACGCAGAAAUGUUUCCGUCCCUGGAGGUGAGGAAGCUAUGUUCGAAAGCCCCAUUCAAGACCCUGACAUAAGUUCCACUGUAGUAUCUGCACCAGGGGAAGGUGUGAUUACAAUGGAGAUGGUGCAGAUGAUCUUUUCAGAAGAUCCUGAUCAGCAGCUUGCAGCCACACAAAAGUUUAGAAAAUUGCUUUCAAAAGAACCUAAUCCGCCCAUAGAUGAAGUCAUAAAUACACCUGGUGUUGUGCAGAGAUUUGUGGACUUUUUGAAGAGAGAUGAGAAUUUUACCCUUCAAUUUGAGGCAGCAUGGGCAUUGACAAACAUAGCCUCUGGAACAUUCCUCCAUACUAAAGUAGUUAUUGAAGCUGACGCAGUUCCUAUCUUCAUUGAAUUGUUAAACUCUGAAUAUGAGGAUGUGCAAGAACAGGCUGUCUGGGCACUGGGCAACAUUGCAGGUGACAAUGCUGAAUGCAGAGACUUUGUCUUAAACUGCGGAAUACUUCCUCCCCUUUUACAGUUAUUAACCAAGUCCAACAGACUUACUACAACUAGAAAUGCUGUGUGGGCUUUGUCCAACUUGUGCAGAGGAAAGAAUCCACCACCAGACUUUGAAAAGGUGUCUCCUUGUUUAAAUGUAUUAUCCAGACUAUUAUUUAGCAGCGACUCUGAUGUUCUGGCAGAUGCCUGCUGGGCCCUAUCUUACCUUUCCGAUGGACCCAAUGAAAAAAUCCAAAUAGUUAUUGACUCUGGGGUUUGCAGGCGAUUGGUGGAGCUUUUGAUGCAUAAUGAUUAUAAGGUGGUAUCACCUGCACUAAGAGCGGUAGGAAACAUUGUUACUGGAGAUGACAUCCAAACCCAGGUAAUUUUGAACUGUUCUGCAUUGCCAUGCCUUCUGCAUUUGUUGAGCAGUCCAAAGGAAUCUAUACGGAAAGAAGCAUGUUGGACAGUUUCCAACAUAACUGCAGGAAACCGAGCACAAAUUCAGGCUGUAAUAGAUGCAAAUAUUUUCCCAGUGCUGAUUGACGUUCUCCAAAAGGCAGAAUUCCGCACUAGAAAAGAAGCUGCAUGGGCUAUCACUAAUGCAACUUCUGGAGGGACUCCAGAGCAGAUCAGGUAUCUGGUAGAAUUGGGUUGUAUCAAGCCACUGUGCGAUUUGCUGACUGUCAUGGAUUCCAAAAUUGUGCAGGUUGCACUGAAUGGACUUGAAAACAUUCUACGAUUAGGAGAGCAAGAAGCCAAACUGAAUGGAACUGGUAUCAAUCCAUACUGUGCCCUAAUUGAAGAAGCCUAUGGCUUAGACAAGAUCGAGUUCCUCCAAAGCCAUGAGAAUCAGGAGAUCUAUCAGAAGGCUUUCGACUUGAUUGAGCAUUAUUUUGGUAUAGAAGAGGAGGACUCAAGCAUUGCACCACAAGUGGAUGAAAAUCAGCAGCAAUUCAUCUUCCAGCAACCGGAGGCCCCAAUGGAAGGUUUCCAGCUCUAAAUGCAUGAUGGAUGAAAAUGCCUGUCAUCCUUACACCACAUCUAGAACUUUACGACUCUUGCGUCUUCGGAGCCAACAUUAUGGAAAAGCUGCUUUGUUCAAGAUAAAUGUGUUUGAAAGGGCAACAAUGUGAUGCAGCUUAUGCCCCUUUCUACCGAAAGGUGAAAUUUAAACUGGGGCUGUUCAUUUCAUAUUAAACGCUACUUUAUAUAAGUAAAUGGGUGUUGUACAGCAAUCAGAUAUUGUUGUAAGUGAUUCGGUCUGGGAAUGAAAGGAGAUAUCAGAGUGGUGGCAAAUUCUCCCUUCAUCUGGGAGAGAAAUUCUCCCUCAUUUGCUGGCAUUGCAGCAAAUAAUAUUGCAGCCAUAUAGUAUUGUUCUAUUUAAUUUAACUGUAUACAGCCCUAAUUUAAACAUUUAUUUGGGAUUUGGGGCCUCAAAUAUUGUUAAAAGUGUGGCUUCCUCUUUAUAUCCAGAAUAGAAAAUAUAGUAUUUGACCAAAAUUCUUUCUAAAUAUUACUAAGUAUGCAGGACAUUUCAAGGCUGCAUUGUGUCCUCAUUUAGAAUUUCAAAUUUGUAAAGUAGUUUUGCUGUCAAGAGUCAAGAAUUGACAUUUUGCAGCUUUAAACACAAAUAUCUGUGAACAGAUUUUACAGAUGACCCACUGGAUGUCAAAUCUACCUCUUCAAUUAAGACAAACCUGUUUUAAAAAGUUAUAAUGACUUGUAUAAAUAUUUGCAACAGCACAAGUCAAAAUUCUAUGUAAAUGAAGACCAUAAUUAUCAGCAUUUGCUCGACUAUAUUGCAAUAUGGAAAUCUGUAAAUUGCAUUUUAUUUAUAACAGACUAGAAGAUAAUUCCGUAUGUGCUCACUCUCCAUGGAGGAGACUUGAGGUUUGUAGCAUUCUUGGCAAGUACCUUCAUGUAAAUUAUUGUGUGUGUACAGGUAUAUACAUGGACAAUACAUACUCACUCAUGUGUUUGGCAAGUGAAAUAAUUGGCAAGCACUGAAACCUGAUAAGGUCAUAUAAUUAUGAAUUUCUGAUUUUUCUGAUUGGAAGCAAACUCCAGUUUUUGCCCCAUUUUGCCAGAAGAUAAAGUCUGUUUAAAAUGGUAUUUGAAUUUGGCUUUGAUUGUGUGAUAAGGCUAAAGAGGCCAAAUUAGUGCUCUUAAUAACUGCUAGUUUAGGGCUCUGCUACCAUGCUGAUUUGUAGACUUAUUGUUUACAAAUUUUUCUCUCUUCAGUAACUGGCACUUGGAAGUCUUGCUCAUUGUAGCAAAGUUAUUUCUGUAUGUUGUCUGUAGAUCAAAGCUUAUUUUGGUACAGUGUGUAAACUCUUACUGCAGAAUAUUCCCUUAUGCUUGUACUAUCACCACUAUCAUGAUCGAAUAGACCUCGAGUAAACAAUAUUAGUAACCUUGAGGACUCCCUAAAGGCGGUGAAAAUUGUUCUACUGACGUCCUUAUUUAAAGUAGAAAGCAAGAAUAUUUUGUGAAAGAAAUGAGGCGUGGUUGCAGAUUGUAACAAUUUGUGACAGAUUGUGUGUUCUAAUCUACAUGGAGUGUUGUAAAUAAAGCUGCAUAACCCCAUCAUUUGAUUUGUAAGGGGAAUUCAAAUGAAUUUGUGCUUCAAAUGCAACUUUUGAAGACAUCUUGAAUUUUUCUUUAACCAAUCAAGAACUAGAAAUGCAUGCUUAUUUAGUUGCAACGUCCCAUGCUAUAGAGAUGCAAAUCCCAUACUUUCAGUGUCAAAAAUCCAAAUAUGUUAACAUUGUUUUUUGCCUCCUAAAAGGUUCUUCAAAAAAUCUUUCCUUUGAUAGGUUAGCACCAGAAUCUAGGAAAGUAGAUUAGUUUAAUGUUUGGCUAAUUUCCUUGCAUUCUUCAGUAAGUAGUUUGAAUUCUGAACCUCAAUUAUUUAGCUUGCCAGAGGAUAGAUUUUCUGAUGUACUUUUGGAAUAGCAAAAAUAAAAACAUGUAUUUUAGUAGUAAGAAGAUGUUUAUUAAUCUGUACAGUGUCAUAGAGUAGAAAACAACUUGACUAUUGCAUUAUAAUGAAAUGCAACUGUUGUAUUCUGACAAGUGAAGGGAAGAGGGGAAAAGAUCCCAUAUCAGAAAACAUACCAUUGUAAUUGGAAGUAUUGGUUAGGUCCAAAAUCCCCUGUAAGCAGCUUUAAGUACUCCAACUGAUGCCUUUUCAGUGAGUGAUACAUCUUCUGGACUGGGUAACUUAAAAGGAAAAACUAGUUUUGUAAAAGUUGCAGUUAAUUCUUGUCGAAAUGCAUCUUAAACCCUGAAAUAAUUAGAACAGUAAUGCACAAUAGUCUAUAGUGUUUUCACAUACUGGAUUAUGCAUGGUGUGCAUGGAUAUGUCAGUAUAUAUAGUCAGAACACCAUGGCUACUUGCAUAAGUACAAUUGGUAAAUUUUCAUGUUGCUUUCAAAUGGAAUACUUGCUCAUCAAAAAGUUCUAUAGGCAUAUUAGUUCCAACUAGAAGUACAAUAUUUAAGCCUGUUGGGAUUGUUACUUAGAAACUUACUUUAGAGUAAAUUUUACAUAGCCAUAAACAUGAGAGCUAAUGUACAUUUGUGUUCAGUUUCUCAAUAUCAUGAAAAAAUUGAUCAACUGUGAUAAUGUAACUACAUUUUUAUUAACCCUAGCAGCUGAAAUGUCCUCCCCUUUCUUAUCUUUUUAGGUUGUCCAGCAAAUUUGCUGUGCUACUUAGUUUUAUCCCUGCUGUAGAACAAAGUCACAUUACAUAAUGUAGCCAAUGACUGGGAAGAUGACUCACUCAUUUGGUACAUUAGCUAUUUGUCAUGUGAAAGUAGAGCUCAGUUUUUGUAUUGGUUACCCAGCACAUAAUCAACCUGAGCUUUUCAGUAUAUAUGUUGCUUUUUUUUUAAAACUCCAACUAAUUGUUACUGUAACAUAUUGGAAACAAAAAACUAUUGCACCUUCAUUUGCUAUAACUGCAGUGCAUCUACUGUAUCUGCCAUGCAGUUAUAGAAAUUAUGCUGAAUCUUUCUAAAUAGUUCAAAUAUAUGUUCCCUAAAUUAAACCUACUUUUUUUUAAACUAUUCGUACAGUUUUGAUAUGACUACUCAUGCUUUUGGAUAAAUUCUUGUACUUGAGAUUACUUAUUUUGUACUGUUGCUGGCAACAGCCCUAGAAUGAAGUGACAAGCUUCUUGUUUUCCCUCUUCCCUCCCCCCAUGCUUUAAUAUUCUGCAAAGUAUUUUGCAGGAUAAUAUUAUUCACACCAAGUUUAAAAUAUGUAAAAAUACUUGCAGAAGAAAUCUAUUGUCUGGCCUGCGUUUUGGGUUAUAUUUGUGCACACAUCUGUGGCGCGGUGUAAUUUUCUUUCUUCCAUUGUUGAUUAGUGAUCGUCCAGCAGACGUACAAAACUAAUGAAUUAAGUUUCAUGGAAUGUUUUGAAAUUGGAAGGUAUUAUCCAGAAAGUAAUGAAAAAAAUAAAAUCCAUUCACAUA